CCAUUUUCCACUCCACUUACGCGGAACUCCCACGUUUUCGUUCGCCUAAACCCCCUUUUCUGCUUAUUUCUCAUUUCUCCCACUAACACCAAAUUACUGGAAACCUUUUAUUUUUCAUUUUUUAAUGUUGAUGGUGACUUGGAUCAAAGGUAGAUUUUCGAAGGAAAUCAAUACCUGGAUUGAAUUUUAUGUUAUUUUAUUUUGGGUUAAAAGGGAUUGAAAACUAAGGUUGCCAAUUGCCAUUUAUUCAUCCCCCAGCCCAGAAAUCAGAAUAGCAGCCGUACUUAUAUAUAUAUAUAUAUAUUCAACUUUUCUCGAGUCCAAAGAUGUAGAAGGGUCAGUCAGGUAGGGUAGAGGUAGACUAAUAUCAUCUGGUGGCAGCAAUUAACAAGAAUUCUGUUUACCAUAAACCCCUCUAGAGGAUUUUGCUCCCCCAACUGGACCAAAAACGCCCCACCAAAUUCCAACAACUACCAAAAAGACUUGACUUUGAGCACAAAUUCUGGGAGUGGAACUUGACUUUUAUUCAUCAUUUUCUUAAAGGGGUGAAAAGAAAAAGAAAAAGAAAGGAAGGAAACAUUCCGUUCUUGAUAUUUCUUUGGAAUUCCAACUCCGUGUAGGAGUGGAUCUUUAAAGAAAGAUAUGUUGGGUUAUUGUUACAAGCCGUGGGAGAGUUGUUUUGGUGGCGGAGGUGGAGGAGAUGGGCUGUUGUGGCACAUGGACUUGAAGCCACAUGCGUCAGGUGAAUAUUCCAUAGCGGUGGUUCAGGCUAAUGCUAACCUGGAAGAUCAGGGUCAAGUUCUUACAUCAAAUUCUGCUACUUAUAUUGGUGUUUAUGAUGGUCAUGGUGGCCCUCAAGCUUCCCGCUUCAUCAACAACCAUCUCUUUCCUUUCCUCCAUAAGUUCGCCUUAGAGCAAGGAGGAUUGUCGGAGGAGGUUAUAAAGAAGGCAUUUGAUGCUACUGAAGAAGAAUUUUUGCAUUUGGUCAAGCGCUCAUGGGUGGCUCAGCCUCAAAUCGCUUCAGUGGGUUCGUGUUGUCUCGUUGGAGUAAUUGCAAAUGACAUUUUAUAUGUGGCAAAUCUUGGCGACUCAAGGGCUGUGCUUGGGAAGAGAGUAAGCGAUAGCCCUUCUAGUAAUGCGUCAACAGUGGUGGCAGAACGGUUAUCUACUGAUCAUAAUGUUGCGGUUGAGGAGGUGAGGAAGGAGGUCGAGGCACUUCAUCCUGAUGAUGCACACGUAGUAGUUUAUACUCGAGGAGUUUGGCGAAUUAAAGGCAUUAUUCAGGUCUCUAGGUCUAUUGGUGAUAUCUAUCUUAAGAAACCUGAGUUUAACAGAGACCCUAUGUUCCAGCAUUAUGGGUAUCCCAUCCCUCUGAAAAGAGCUGUUAUGUCUGCUGAGCCGUCCAUAUUGAUUCGGAAGUUAAGGCCACAAGAUUCGUUCGUGAUCUUUGCUUCAGAUGGUCUAUGGGAACAACUUUCUGAUGAAGAAGCAGUGGAAAUUGUCGUAAAAAACCCAAGAGUGGGAAUUGCAAAGCGACUUGUAAGAGCUGCCCUCCAAGAGGCAGCUAAGAAGCGAGAGAUGAAGUAUGAUGACAUAAAGAGAAUAGAGAAAGGAGUAAGGCGCCAUUUCCAUGACGAUAUUACUGUAGUUGUAGUCUUCCUCGAUCAUCAAAGCUCUCCUGAUGGUAGGCCAAAGGAUAACAGUGUUUUUGAUUGCACUAGUGCCCCUGUCGAUAUAUUCUCUUUGAAUUCAGUAAAGAAGCAUGGAGAGAAUUCACCCCAGGUUUCUCCUUGAAACCCCGAGAAGGCGAUUUUGCGCACCUGUAAAUAGUGAUCCCGUCAAGCCUUCAACUGGUUCAGACUUCAAAGGGGAUCGUUGAAGCAAAAUUACU